AUGGACUUAAAGAUAAAAAGUUUGAUAUUCUCUCCCUUCCCUCUGUCUCUGUGUUUAAGAACACAUCAGCUCGCCCUUUUCAGAGACUAUAACAGUCUGUCUUUAUCACCCAAGCAGGUGUCCUUGGAUUCUAACUCCUCCAUGAACUCCAACACCCCAUUGGUCAGGAUCGCCCGCCUGUCAUCCAGCGACGGGCCGAUGCUCGCCAACGUCUCGGAGCUGGAGCUGCCCUCAGACCCUAAAUGGGAGUUUCCUCGAACACGGCUGACUCUGGGUAAGCCUCUGGGCGAGGGCUGCUUCGGUCAGGUGGUGAUGGCCGAGGCAGUCGGCAUCGACAAGGAGAAGCCCAACAAGCCGCUCACUGUUGCUGUGAAGAUGCUGAAAGAUGACGCCACAGAUAAAGAUCUGUCAGACCUGGUGUCGGAGAUGGAGAUGAUGAAGAUGAUCGGGAAACACAAAAACAUAAUCAACCUGCUGGGGGCGUGCACGCAGGACGGUCCCCUGUACGUCUUGGUGGAAUACGCCUCUAAAGGGAACCUGAGGGAGUACCUGCGGGCGCGGCGGCCUCCGGGCAUGGACUACUCCUUCGACACGUGUAAAAUCCCAGACGAGCAGCUCACCUUCAAAGACCUGGUGUCCUGCGCCUACCAGGUCGCCCGAGGCAUGGAGUACCUCGCCUCGCAGAAGUGUAUCCACAGAGACUUGGCAGCCAGAAACGUCCUUGUGACGGAGGACAACGUUAUGAAGAUCGCCGACUUCGGUCUCGCCAGAGACGUGCACAAUAUAGACUACUACAAAAAGACCACAAACGGUCGUCUGCCCGUGAAAUGGAUGGCUCCCGAGGCGCUGUUCGACCGGGUCUACACGCACCAGAGCGACGUGUGGUCUUACGGGGUGUUGCUGUGGGAGAUCUUCACCCUGGGUGGCUCUCCGUAUCCAGGGAUCCCAGUAGAAGAACUGUUUAAGCUGCUGAAGGAGGGACAUCGGAUGGACAAACCUGCAAACUGCACACAUGAACUGUACAUGAUCAUGAGGGAGUGCUGGCACGCCGUGCCGUCGCAGAGACCGACCUUCAGACAGCUGGUAGAAGAUCACGACCGGGUUUUAUCAAUGACCUCCACCGAUGAGUACCUGGACCUGGCGGUGCCCUUCGAGCAGUACUCGCCCACCUGUCAGGACUCCAACAGCACCUGCUCGUCAGGAGACGACUCGGUGUUCGCCCACGACCCGCUGCCUGACGAGCCCUGUCUUCCCAAACCGCCGCUCCCCAGUAACGGGGUGAUCAGGACAUAAAACCUGAGCCAGGAGGAGGGGGAGACUGAACUUUUACCUCCUCGCUCACAGACUCCUCACAGUGACUCCUCAAGAUGUGGAACUUCAAACUCUGCAUGCAACACCUCCACAGCUCUUCUACUCGUCUUAAACCCUUUUUGGACCGAGUCUUCCUCCUCCUCCUCCUCCUCCUCCCCUCAGAGACUCCUGGAACAUUGAAGGAUUAUUUUUUUUCUGCCGUUGAAAUCAUGUUUGUGUUCCUCUUUUCAGGAAUGAAAUUAUAUUUUUGUACUCGGGCCAGUCUUUUCUUACGGACAAUCUGUGCGGUGAAACCAUUCCGUGCCUACUGGGAUAAAAAUAAAAAAACCUCCUGACACCUAAAAAAAAAAAAAAAGAGACUGACAUGUUACAAGAGGAGGCGAUGAAGGGCAUUGGUCAGUGACUGGUUGGAGAUUCAGUCAGCGAGGACCUCAGAUUUUUUAUCCUCUCGUCUGCACCGGAGCCCUCAUAUUGGGACUAAAGUUCAGUUCUCAAAGAAAGAUCCAUCGACAGGACACCAGCAAAGCUCAACGAUGUGACGCGUUCUUCCUAAGACUCUCAAUAACUCGAUGCUUCAAACAUGUUUUUCUUACAGAUUUCUAAGUCAUCAUCCAGAAACACUGUUUUGUGAUAAUCAUGGAACAAAUUCCUCAUCGGACACGAGGCGACGUUUCAGGGCCAUCGGUAAUUAGUACAGCAAGGUUUUGGAGGUUUUAUAUAUAUAUAUCUAGAAAAUGAUUUAUUGUAAAUAUAUAAAUGGAAAUAUGUAUCAUAUUGCUGUCCACAGCGAUGUACGUAAAAGACAAAAAAUCACACUUUUUUUUAAAGUAUUUGUUUUUAGGAUGGAAGCAUUGCAAUCUAGAAGACACUGUCAUGAAAGUGUGAAUCAUGUAAUCGUUGAAAGUGACACAGAAAAAGGUUUAUUUGAAUAAUUAACGUGUAUAUUUGUAAAGAUAUUUAUAGACUUAACAUGUGGUUCUUCAGUUUGAACGCUCUAGUUUAGGAUGUUAGUACUGUACACAAAGAUUUUUAUUUCUUUUCUUUUUUUUUGUAACUUAUUUUACAUCAGAACUGCAACGUUAUUUUUCACAACAGCUAGACUCCUUGUUUUUUUUUUUUAUCCAUCUUUUUUUUUCUCCUUUUGUUUACAGUUUUAAAAUAUUAAGAAUGUAUGACAGAGGCGACGAGCGAGUGUGAUUCGACCUCCAGAGGACUGAAGGCUCCCACUGAAGGGAGACCGGAUGUUCCUGCUGAGUUCGGACUCUGGUUUGAAAAGUUGAUGUUUGCAAUAUGAAAGCAACGAUGAGCUCUUGCUGGGCAAGAAAAAGCAGCGCUUCAAGUAAUGUACCCGAGAGGCCUUUUAGUUUGACUGAAGUACUUAAAGACAAAAACAACAACCAGCUGUGAAAAAAGAAGCCUUCAGAGCACCUCAGCAGAGUUUAAUAUGUAAUCCUGCUUCUAAUGCUGUUUGAUUUCCCAGCCCCUACUGGUAAUGAUUUACAUUUGAUCUCGUAUUUGUACUUCAUAUCAGAAACAACAGAAUAAAAGUAAUGCCCUUAGAAAUAAAAAGCUAAUGAAGCUUUGGCUUAAAAAAGGUGAAAGGCCUCAAAUCAAAGCCGACCCAUUAUCUGUGAGAUUACUUUAAAAGUGUUUGUACUUUAAAGUUUGAAAACUUAUUUAUAGAGAAGAAGCAAUAGCGAACCGCAAAUACAUUUCAUGUAGCUAUGAACUACAAUUCCCAGAAUGCUUUUCAGCAGUUAUCAGUGAACGUUGUUGGAUUUUCAGUCCUACAGUAAAUUGUGAAAACAUGCUGGAGAACAUUAGCAACAGAUUUACAACAAAUGAUGAGUGAACACUGAAUAACUAAAGAUCAAAUGGUGCGUUCCAUUUACCACGGAUCUCGGAGCUGUGAAUGGCGUCACAUCCCGAGUUAACCGCGUUCCAGUUGCAAGUUGGCAAAAGUAUGACAAGCAACUUGGACCCCUCCAGGAGUACCUUUGUUUUGCUCACUAGGUGUUGGUUUGCGCGCGUAAAAUAACAUGACAACAUGUCCAUGAACGAUACUAUCGGUGUGAUUGAUUUCAUUACAUAAAAAGAGGACUAAGCUGCUAAUUACUUCGUUCCUGAUAACCUAUCAGACCUGCAACUCAGAGUCCGACUGCCCAGAUCAAAUGGAACGCUCCAUAAGUUCACCAAUGCAUUCUGGGAUUUGGAGUCCAGUGAGACUGCAGAAAUCGUUUUUUUGCUCACUUCAUGAUUUGGAGCCUUGAUACAUAAACCUGAAAUUUAAUCAAGAUAUAGAAGAUAAAUUAAAUGGGAUAUACAUAAUAACAAAGACUAAAUUAUAUCUCCAUUAUAUAGCGCUUUCUUGAACAGUGUCAAAUGUCAAUAUCAGUUUGAUUUUUCAUUCUCAAAGGUCUCUGAAGGUUUUAAACUGUUGGAACAGAAAGGUUACAGGGUCGAGGCUUACUCGCUGGGUGCCGUGUUUCAGAGAGACACUCGGCACCUGUGUGCGCACUCACAGAUGAAUACAUCAGCUUGAAGGCAGAAAUGUAAAGCUGGUACGUCCUUGUCCUUUUGUGCUUGAGGCGUUACUAAAAAAAAUAAAAACCUGCCCAGACGCUUGAGAUUUUAUCGCUGCUCUAUAGUAUUAAAACUGAAAUGAAGGCAUGCUGUGUGAUUUCCCACAGCUUUAAAAGAAAACUAUAUAUACAGUAUAUAUGUUGGUUUGUUACAGGAGACUCUGAAGUCUGUGGUGGAUCCUUCUUCCAGCUUAGUGUGCUACAAAUAAAAAGUGCCAAAUUAGUCUUAAAAGUCUAUUUCACCGACAUCUCCAGAUCUCUGAACCGAACACUGCUCUGUCGAAUGUAGGCGGUCGGAGGUUUCAUGUGCAGAGAAGGAUCAUGGGAUUGCCAAAUGGAUGGCUACCCUUUUCUUAAAAUGCAGUUGUAUCUCCAGCUGACCCCAAAACAGCGCAGGGGUUGAAAUGUUUACAACGUCUGUUUUUAGCAAAGUCACAAAAGGGAAAGUAACAUUCACGUGGCAUUGAAGGGUUCAGAGUCGUGAUUCACUCGCUGCUAAACGGAAACAGUGUUAACUUUUUACUGUGCAAUGGCCUUUUUCAAUGUGUGAACGGAAUUUAUGUAGAGACAUUUAUUGUUAUAUCCCAACAAGACCUGUGUCAGUACUUAAUAAAUGCUCCUUUAAUAUUUGAAGUACUUAAAAGAGUGAACAUUUUGUAUUUAAUUGUGAUGCUACACUGGGAGAUUUUAUGUAUUUUAGCACCAAAUUAUGUACUUUUUUUCAUUAUAUGUGCACAGAAAGAAGGCCUUUGUAAAGUGAAAGGUUACACACAUUUAUUGGUAUUUCUUUUUUUCAGAACAGUUUUUUGGUUUUGGCCCAAAUAUAUGAAGUGCCUGAAACAAUUUAGCUAAAACGACAAGAUUAAUUGAUUCAUUUUGGUCAGUUUGAAUGUAUAAAUGCAAAAAAAUAAAAAGGCAGUUCUCACUAGAAGCAGGCUAUGUACAUAUUAGUCUGCCCCUCCCCCCCUCCUAAGUGAACGAGACAAGAAGGCACUUGUGUAAAGUUUGGAUGGAUCUAAUGAAACGGAUGCUGUUUGUUUUAUUUAUUCUUCCAUGCUGGGUAAAAGCUUUCCCUAUGGUGAGAGUAUUUUUAUUCAUAGCUAUCUGCUUUUCAGUGUUGUUUUUCAUUAAAGAGCCAGAAGAUGAUGACAAUGACGAUGUAGAGUAGUCAUUUUACUUAACGCUGUUGCUCCCCAUCAGGCUUUUCUCCUGGCUUCAUUUAUCUUUGAUUUGAUUUUGUUUGGAUGCCCUCCCUGGUUUCACUUCUUUGUACUCUCUCUUUGUUCCAUUUUGACAAUUUAAGUCUCAAUUUCUCUGUGAACUCACUUUUAUAAAAAGGAUUUGUUGUUUUUAACAUUUAUCUAGCGUGUGGAAUAAAAGUAGAUUUUUACAAAUCUGCAUGCUUCAAAAUGUUGCAACAAAAGUAAAGAAGGAACAAAACAUACAACAAAAACCUAAACACUCAACUGAUGCUAAAAGUCAUCCACAAAACUAAUUUAGAUUCAGCAUGACUCACACUUUCCAGAAAUAUUCCUAACAUUAAGUAAAAAAAUAUCAAGGUUGAAAUCUUUGAUAAUAAGCUCCUUUUUACCCAGUUAUUAAAUAAUACCAAAACCUGAAUAGUCUACUAUUAAUGGCUAAUUUGGCUAACUGCUAACGAUAUCAAGCUAAACGCUAAUUUCCCAGAAUGUAAACAAUUAAAAUGAUAAGAUAGAUUCUUGUAGAUGAGGAUUUUCAUGGGGAAUCUUUUGACUUUGGUUUUAGGACCUGUUUUGAAAGAGGCACGCUGUCGGUUUAUGUGACAAGCUACUAGCUUAACUGACAGACUGACUAAAAUGUCGCUUUAGCCACAUAUUUUAAAAGCCCAAAGAGGUUUGAUUUAAAAGCCUACCGUACGUCAUCUCUCCCUUUACAACAUUAAACAUUUGGGAAGAUGUUUUGUAUUGGAAAACUUGUUUUUCACUCAUCAAGUGGAAGCUAUAACAAGUUUAGCUACCUUGCUAACAUUAGCCCAGAUGAGAUACUAGCUUGACUUGCAAAGUUCUGUACCGUACAAUACAAGUUGGUAAACACUUUUAUUUAAGAAGAAAACACAUAAUUAGUUACCAGCUAGCAUUAGUCACCUCUACCUUUUACACAUUACAUUUUGCAGGACUAAUGUGCUGCGUAAUUUGUGCUCCUCCAUGUUUAGAAGCUAGCAAGCUAGGCUAACUAGCGUAAUCAGCCUAGCUUGCAAGCUGAUUCACAGUUAAGCUUUUCUUGAGCUCAUGUUAUUUUGAAAAAAACACCAACAUUUCAGAUAAAUUAUACAUUUAAUUGGACAGAAACAAAAUAGAUUUAAGUAGUUUCAUCUGGUGAUGCAUUACAGGAAAAUGGGCGCCAAUUGUAUCAGUGAGAAAUAUUGUUUUAGUUCUGUGAUAAACAUGAUGCUUCACAGGCAAAUGUUAAAAACAACAAAUCCUUAUUGAGAAUAAACAUUUAUCUUUUGGUAUCAAAUCAGUAAACGUCAUGGUCUCAGCAGGGAGGGCGUCUUACUGUAACGUCACACAUUAGCCUUUUACCACCUGCUGUCUCGACUCUGACUGACUUAUUUAUUCUCUUUUCUGUUCACUUAAAAAAAUCAGGAUUGAAGACGAUGAAAGGUGUGUUAUCUAAGCUUCCUUUAGUGUUAAUAUUGCUCACUUUCCCAGUUUGGUUGGUUUUAUUUUCCCACUUCUGCUCUUUUUUUUCCCACCACCACAGCUCUAACCUGACGAUGUUAGUCCAGAUUAAUUUAUAGUUUGAAAUGUGCUUUUACAUUCAUGUACAUGAGUAGAGUUUUAUGUAGCUGUGUGAGCUAUUUUGUAAGAAUCCUAGAGAGGAAAUAAUUUCACUUCUUUUUAAUUUCUUUCCGUUACGUCACAUUUCAUGUCGCAUUCCACUUCAGGUUUCAGCGAGACAGUUUCAUAUUUGUCCUUUGAUUUUUGCUCCAAUCCCUCGUAAUUUAUUUUCCUCCCUCUGAAUUUAUGUUUCUAACAUAGAAAAGGUGGAACUAACCAUUUGGCAUUAUGUGACUUUUUUCAUUUUUAAUUCAUAGCUUGUUUGUUGCAAUGUACCUGUUUUGAUCAUGAUGAAUCCUCUGUAACAUUCCACUACAAAACCCCCUCUGGGCAAACAUCUCCCACUGGGAAAAACAACUAUUUCACAAGCCUCUCUCUCCAACUCUCUCUCUCUCUCUCUCUCUCUCUCUCUCUCUCUCUCUCUCUCUCUCUCUCUCUCUCUCUCUCUCUCUCUCUGUGCCUGACAAACUAUGCUGUCAAAAAAGGUUUUCAAUAAACAUGUUGUAAUAGCGUC